AUGCAGGUGCUCAAGUACACCGAGGGCGGCGAGUUCAAGCUGCACUACGACGCCAAUGAGCAGGAACACCGGAUGUUGACUGUGCUCUUGUACUUGAAUGGCGUCGGUGAGACGUGGUUCCCGCUCGCACUGCGCGACCCUGCAGACGCCGCAAGCGUGGAGAAUCAAAACCCGCCACGCGUCGCCGCCCUUGCCGCCGCGCGCCAGCUGUUGCCGCGGCGCGAUGGGCUGACGGUCGCGCCCAAGAUUGGCGACGCCGUCGCGUUUUACAAUUUGCUCGAUGGGGGUGUUGGGCAGGUCGAUCGUCUGUCGCUGCACGCGGGGCUGCCAGCGCCUGGUGUCAAGUCGGUGGCGGCGCUGUGGUAUCACGUCGACCUCAAACAGGGCGAUGAUGGGGCGGCGGGGCUCACGCCACUGGCUGUUGGCGUCGGUCCGGCGGCCAAGAGCUAUCCGGGACAAGGCGAGAAAGCGGCUCAUUGA